AUGGGCAUCGCGCGCAAGAUAUACAGCCUUGGAAGCCAAAGUAUUGACGACCACCUAACCUCGGCCAUUCCGGACGGAGGAUGUGGAAUCCGGAACCCUCGGAGAAGGACUGGCGAUGAGCGCCUGCCAAUAUCUGCGAUGCUUGGCAGCAGGUUCCCUGAUCAACAAGCGAUUCAAUCGCUUUUGGAGGAUUACUUUGAGUCCGUCCACUGGUUUUCGCUGGUUAUAUACGAACCAAAAUUCCGGCAGCGCCUGUUGUCAAUCAAGGACGGCUACGCGUACCCUGCCGAGGCGCCGUUUCUAACCUUGCUGUCGAUGAUUUUGUGCAUGGCAGCUUGGUAUCGGUCUAAGAGGGCCGUUCACAAUGGUGGUGAAGAAUGGCGCCUCUGGAGCGACGACUUGCUGAAGAUUGUCGAGUCGCGACUAGUCCAGGUGAUGGAUCAGCAUUCGAUUGCAGCGGUGCAGACAUGCAUCUUGCUGGGAUCUCAUCAUGUUUACCAUGGCCGGCCAAACUUGUCUUUUGCCCUUUUGGGAGCGGCUGUCAAGAUGUCUCAUGCCAUGGGUCUGCAUCGUGAUUUCACAGGUGGAACGUUCGGCGACAUAGAAGAGCGCAAAAGAGUAUGGUGGACGAUCUAUACCUGGGACAGGUUCGCUUCUAUCUCAUAUGGACGGCCUUUGAGCAUCAAUGAUGAGGAUUGCAGUGUGGGAAUGCCAACCGAAUUCACCGAAUCGCCAUACUUUACCCAACAGUCGGUCGAACAGGGGCUGCCAGACAUUACCUACUCACCGUAUCAAACCGGACUGAGUAAACUGUACCUCGUCGCAUCCCCCGCCCUAAAGAAUAUCUUUGGCUCACUGUCGGUGCGGUCUGCCAAACAACAUUUCGAGUCCACGUACGCUUCGCUGGUCAGCGAGGUGACGCAAAGGCUGCUUGUUUGGCGCCGUCAGUUGCCGCAGCACCUGUCCCUAGACCUAAACAAAGACCACCACCCAGGUAAUACCGAAUGGGGCAGUCGGGCAUACAUCUUACAGUCUCUUUCACUGCAGUUGACCUUCGACAACCUGCUGAUAGUGCUUCACCGGCCCUUCUUGGCUCGCCAAGUUGAGAACUUGUCGAUGACGGCCUCAGCCCCAUAUACGAAUGUACCUCAGACUGGAUCGCCUUCGGUACAAUCGCAGACGUCGUCGCUUACCCCCCAUACCGACAGCCUAUCGCCCCGUGAUCAUGCAUCAUCUGGGUGGGAAAAAAACGCGAGCUCAGAGCAUUGGUGGAAUGCAGCGGUUCGGACCGCGCGUGUGACCGAACUACCCCAACUUGCCCAACUUGCCACAGAUAGCCAUCUUGUUGCCUUUAUGGCCCUGAACCUGUUUCACGCGGCAAUAGUGCUCAUUUUAGUCGCCCUUUCCGACCCUCUCUCCGAUUCAGCCCAGGGUGUCAAACGGACUAUUACCAAGGUGUUUAGAUUGCAGGAGCUGCUGGGUCAGCGCUCAGCGCUCUCGAGCCAGAGCAGCGUCGUUCUCAAAAAUCUCAUCGGUCUGCUUCUCCGGCGAGAGGCAGAAGCCAUGCUUGGCCCAGUCACGUCGGCACCUGUAGUGGGCUCUCGUGCAGAGCACCAACUCAGGGCUGCGGACGAUUCUGGCCACUUGUCAGUUGAAGAUACACUUCGGCUUCCCUUAGAGGCUACCCUGAGCACGAAAGACCAAGGAACUGAAGACCAAGCCUGGCCGAACAGGGCUCAGCGCCUGAACGAGAGCUUAGCAUCUGUACAACGAAGUAAGGAUUCUGCCUUUGCUGGAUGUCGAUGGCCGCGGAACAAAGCUGACCCCAAUCUCUUGCAGUAUUUCCGACAAUCCAAGAUGAACUGCCCCGAUCUGAUACAACAAUGGUUUCGAGACAUGAUGUGA